AUGGAGCCCAUUCCCCGGAAGUCCGAGCUGCCCUUCCUGAACGAGAUGGCGCCGCGCGCCCAAUCUCCUGCCAACCGCGCUCUGCUACGCUCCACCCCCACCGACGAGAUGCACGACUUGCUCUGCGUCGGCUUUGGCCCGGCCUCGCUGGCCAUCGGCAUCGCCCUGCAUGAUGCGAUGGACCCGGCGCUGAACCGCACCUCGGGAUCCGCCUUUAAGCCCAAGGUGUGCUUCCUCGAGCGCCAGAAGCAGUUUGCCUGGCACUCGGGCAUGCUGGUGCCCGGCUCGCGCAUGCAGAUCUCCUUUAUCAAGGACCUCGCGACCCUCCGUGACCCACGCAGCAGCUUCACCUUCCUCAACUACCUGCACAACAAGAACCGCCUCAUCCACUUCACGAACCUGGGCACCUUCCUGCCGGCCCGCAUGGAGUUCGAGGACUACAUGCGCUGGUGUGCGCAGCACUUCGAGAACAUCGUAAACUACGGCGAGGAGGUCGUGGAGGUGGUGCCUGGCAGCAAGAUCGAUGGCGUCGUCGACUACUUCGUCGUGCGCUCACGGAAUACCGAGACCGGCGAGAUCUCAUCGCGGAGGGCCCGCAAGGUCGUUGUCGCCCUCGGCGGUACGGCUAAGAUGCCGCCCGGCUUCCCCCAGGAUACCCGCAUCAUGCACUCCUCCAAGUACUGCACCACCCUACCUAAUGUGCUGAAGAACGAGUCGGCCCCCUACAACAUCGCCGUCGUGGGCUCCGGCCAAAGCGCCGCCGAGAUUUUCCACGACCUGCAGCGCCGGUACCCCAACUCGCGCACGACUCUGAUCCUCCGUGAUACCGCUCUGCGGCCGAGCGAUGACUCGCCCUUCGUCAACGAGAUCUUCAACCCAGAGCACGUGGAGAAAUUCUUCCAGCUCCCUCAAGAAGAGCGCCACGCCCGCAUCGCCAAGGAAAAAGCCACCAACUACUCGGUCGUCCGCCUGGAGCUCAUCGAAGAAAUCUACAACACCAUGUACCUACAGCGCGUGAAGAACCCCGACGAAGCCCAGUGGCAGCACCGCAUCCUGCCCGAGCGCAAAGUCGCCCGCAUCGAGCACCACAAUCCGGCCCAUCGCAUGCGCAUCCACGUCAAGUCCGCCAAGGACGACGCCGCCGACGGCAAGGAGGUGCUGGAGGUCGACGCGCUGAUGGUGGCGACCGGCUACCAGCGCGACGCGCACGAGCAGCUGCUCGAGCAGGUGCGGAGCCUGCGGCCGGCCGGCCAGACGGCGUGGGCGCCAGGCCGCGACUACCGUGUUGCGCUGGACGGGGCUAAGGUGUCCGCACAUGCGGGCAUUUGGCUGCAGGGUUGCAACGAGAAGACGCAUGGGUUGAGUGAUAGCUUGUUGUCAAUUCUGGCGGUGCGAGGUGGCGAGAUUGUCAGCUCGGUGUUUGGCGAGGAAUUGAGCGGCCAGUUGGUGCAGGACACCCGGUUACGGGCCAUGCUGUAA